GUUAAUCAGUACACAAGUGGGCCUCGGUUCGAGUGAACAAAUAAUUAAAAAUGGAGUUUAUCCCAAAGAGAAGAAUUGUUGAUCUGUAUCCUGAGACCAUUGAGGUUGUGCUUAAAAGGGUUAAUUUAGCCAAGCCGGGAGAAAUGGACAAUGCUAUUUCGCUGCUGCGGGAUUGGGUUAAGAUGCAGCCACACUUCAAAAGGAGGGAUUUUUCUGACGCUUAUUUACAGUCAACGAUCAUAGCCUCAAAGGGCUCUCUCGAGAAAGCAAAAGGUAGAAUGGACCGGCUGUGCACUCUGCGGACACUGCUGCCACAGAAUUUCAGCUGUUUCGACGUGGAAAAAAGCUUUGCGUCCGUUUUAGAAGUUGUGAAGCCAAUCAUCCUUCCAAAGCUCACUAAAGAACAUUAUCGCAUAAUGGUGGCUAAACCCAACAAGACUUUGGAUGCUGGAGAAAUUAACGACGCCUUUAAAUAUACUUACGUGAUGGGUGAUUACUUAAAACAGACGGACUGUAUAGCUGGAUUCAUCGCUAUUUUUGAUCUGUCAGAUGUAAAUAUGCUCGAGUUAAUGACUAAAAUAAACCCGAUGGACUUGCGACAGGCUCUGACGGUGUACUUUGAAGGGCUCGGAUUGCAGUUGAAAGGUCUCUUUUUCAUUACAACAUCAAAAAUAAUUGACACAUUAAUUGGAAUCUUGAAACAAAUACUUAAGCCCAAGCUGGUUGAUCGGAUAAAGAUCUUCAAAUCUUGGGAUGAUGCCUUCGAAUUUGUUGAGAAAGAGAUUAUUCCUGUCGAUUUUGGAGGCAACGAGAAGUCCGCGAGCAAAAUACAUGAUGAUUGGCUGUCGGAGUUAACAUCAGAUGACUUCAAGAAAUAUCUGAGAGAGAUCAACACAGCCAAAACGGACGAAACUUGCCGGCCAUCUGACAAAUUUAACGAGGAAUACGCUGGAAUGCCGGGAACAUUUAGACUGUUAAGCGUAGAUUAAGGAAAAAUAAAGAUUUUAAGUCUUUAGGUUUCUAACGAUGCUUUUAAACAAACUUUAGAUAAGAUAUUGCUCCAAAAUAAAAGAGAAUGGACAUAAGCUGUAGAAAUGUAUACCAAUUUAAUAUGGAGGGUAGCCUAUAUAUUAAUAGGAUAGAAUGUCAGUGUUACCUAGACAUAGAAUCUGAUUAUAAUAAAACACUUCUACGAUCCACUUGAAUAGAACAUAUAUUCAAUAAUUUCACUAUAAUCACUACUUUAAACAUAGUAAAACUAAAUGACUUAUAACACUCGGGAAGUCGAGUGACCAGCAGCCAGCACGUCCACCACUUUUGAUUGCCCCAACAAGAAGUGCCUAAUAUAAUAGAUAAAUAGAUAGGUGAGAGCAAAGAGUAUAAUAAUAUGGUGAGAGUAAUUCGUAACAGUUACAAUACUACCAACUUAAUAAUACGAAACUACCAACUUACAAAGUGAUGUCACUAAGAUUAUAUAAUAUUACAAUUACUAAAUAUAAUAACUAAAAGAAUAUAAUAUUAAUAGGUUACAAAUUAUUCUAUUAUUAGCAGUUGAUAUUGACAAAAGCUAGUUAGCUAGUAGCUCUAUUUUAUUAAUAAGAAAGAAUGUUCAUUAGGCAUCAAUAACAGUGCAAUGUACAGCAGUAUAGCUUUUAAAUAUAUCUAAAACAGUUAUGUUGAUGUGAAAAAUAUAUAUCGGCGUGGGGUUCUCACAAAAGUGAGCAUCAAAGCACUUCAUUUUUUGGUAAAUUAAAUUCAAUAAGCCCAAUAGGCUGCUCUUUGUUAUGUGAUGGACCUACUUAUAAAUAGGUAAGUUAGUAUUAGUAGUAAUUAAAUAAAAAAUACUUAAUAUAAUAA